CAUGCUUCGCCAGUAGAGGCCACAGAGCUCGCCAUAACGCAGCCAGAUCACUGUUCACAUAUUUUCACCGCGACUCAAACUGCACCAUCCCUGCGCCGCUCUUGCUCAGACAGGAAAGACACUGCCGGGCGCAAGAUGACGCGAGCUAAGAACUUUGCAGGCCGCGUGGCUGCGCUCACCGUGCUUUACACCCUUCUUCUGCUCGAUAUCAUUCCCACUCCCUUGAUCAACGACAAGGCAAAGAAGGAGAUUCUGCCUACUCUACCUUGGUGGGCACUCAUAUCGACCGGCAGCUACCUAUUAUCGCAGCUAGGCUGGGGCCUAUAUCACUUCAGCGAUACGCCGAAGGCGUACGAGGAACUCAUGGUGGAUAUCAAGGAGGCAAAAGACUUCCUUCGGGGACGGGGUGUCGAUGUGGAUUCAUGACACUGGAAUCGUAGUUCCAAGCGGCAGCAGUGUGAAAUGCUGGCUCAUCACGGCAUGCUGCAAGACUGUGCUUUCGUGCACGCGAGUACAUGCUCUGCCUUCGCCUCUUCACAGCGCUCUCCGCUCGCCUAGACCACACCAUUGUAUUUGUACUUCGAUGGUUUGCCAUCUAUAACUGCCCACUUUAAUACCGA